CCGACGCGUCGACGUGCCGCGCGACGAACACGUUGCGAGUGCUCUCAACACAUCCUUCCGGAGCAGUUGCGAACUUUUUUGUGGUUUUGUUGUUGGAUUAUAUCCGUACCACUAAGCCCGCCGUUUUACAUGUUGAACUGUUCAAAACUGGCGUCCUAUAAAUGGUUUAACAAUGUCUCGUCGUUUCGUCGUUGCAUCAUGACCGACCGUCACCCAAAUAAUGAUGCAAAAUAAUGCGAAGAGAUAAUGUAAUGGAGGUGCCCUUAUUUUUGCUAGUGUUAGAAAUAACAUUUAUCGUUGUGGGCGACGCAGUUCAUCCAGGUUGCGAGUGUCUGGUGUUCUCCGCCACAUACGGGAAAGAAAAAGGCUCCUUCAAAAGUCCGGACUUCCCUAAACCGUACGCCACGAAUAUUGACUGUCUGCUCUACACGUUCAUCGGCACCAGCGACGAAAUUAUCGAGCUCACCUUCCUGGACUUCGACGUUCACAAGACACAUUCCGAGUGCAUUCGCGGUGAUUACGUGAAGGUAUUCAUGCAUCUGGAGAGCGGAGAAGUGAACGAGUACACCCCGUGGGAGACGCUGCUAUGCGGAGGCCUCGCCGAUAUCCCCACAGUGCUCUACUCCUCCGGCCCGGGCCUGGUCCUCGAAUUCCACAGCGGAGCCAACACCGGCAACGCCUCCGGAUUUUCCGGGACUUUCAAGUUUAUAGACAGAAGACUGUUUCGUACAGAUGGUCUGAAGUUGCCAGGAACAAUGUGCGACUACCAGUUCGUCAGUUCGCAACACGCGACCGCUUACGGGAAGUUCUAUUCGCCCAGAUACCCUUCAAGUUAUCCCAAGAAUAUCCGAUGUUCGUACCGCUUCCGCGCCAGAUACAAGGAACGGAUACGUAUCGUGUUUGAGGAGGUCGCCCUGCAGAAAGGAGAUUUGAGCUGCUUGAACCGCGCGGACCUGAUCCGUGUCUACGACGGAAAAACGUCUUCGGAUCCGGCGAUCCGGGUCCUGUGCAACGAGGGCAGCGAACUAGAGGUCCUAUCCACCGGGUCCGAGCUCUUCAUCGAGUUUGUGGCCAACUCUGAUUGGCCCGGACAGGGAUUCAAAGCGACCUACCAAUUCCAGCCGGCCGAGGAUAAUUCCAUAGAUAUUCAUAGAAGUAGUAGACCGGGAUCGCCACACGAAACCGAACCGAACGUGAGCGAAACAAGAUCCAGCUGCGACAUAAUAAUAAACAGCGAUACGAACAAAAAUGGCACAAUCAUGAGUCCGUCAUAUCCUGCUCCGUAUCCACCUAAAACUACUUGUCGUUAUGAAUUUCAAGGACGGGGAAAAGAAAGGGUCCAAAUAGUCUUCCAAGAUUUUAACUUAUACUAUUCUAACGAACACUAUAAAGAUUGCGACAACCAGGAUUCCCUGAUGGCAUUCGUCCACAUAGACGGUAGGAUGGAAAAAAUAGACAGUUUUUGCGGCACCACACUGCCAAAACCCGUCAUGUCUAACGGCCCCAGGCUCAAAUUGGAAUUCCAGAGUCCCUUUGCGUCAAGAUACUCGAGGGGCUUCAAAGCUACUUAUAGCUUCACUGAGAAUUUUGGUAUUAAAACUGGAACCCAGGAGCCAAAAUACCCAUGUGCCUUCGUAUUUAAUAGUAACGAAUCUAGAAAUGGAUAUUUCUAUAGCCCGAAUUAUCCAGGUUACUACCCUAGAAACACUGAAUGUCACUACUUUUUUAACGGGAACCAACAGGAAAAGGUCCAUCUUCACUUUAACUACUUUGACGUGGAAGGAGUUCUACCCUGUGAAGCGAUAUCCGCAAGUGACUACGUAGAAUUUUCCAAUUAUCUGACGAGAGAUAGGAAAUAUGAUCGGCACUGCGGCCAGUUGAAGGAGUUCGACAUUGAGUCGGACAAGAGAUUUUUCAGGGUGACAUUCCGAUCCAACGACCGGCUAGACGGUACCGGCUUCAAUGCGACCUACCAUUUCAUGCACGAAGUGGAAACCUAUACAGGAAAACCGGAGAAAACCAAUGGAUCUCGUUCCCUAAACGGUCUUUGGGGUCCUGUUUAUCUUUUAUUCAUCAUAUUGAUGACAAAACUGUCGACAUAAUCACAAUAAAUACAUUUUAUAAAAAGCAAUACCGAUUUCUUUGGUGAGAAAUAGGCGAAGUUUUAAACUGUGUAAUACUAUUUUAAAUUCAAAGACUGUAAAAUAAAUACGAUUUAAACAAAUUUAUAUACACAUAUGUUAUGUUUUUGUGUUACAUUUUAUAAAUUAAUUGAUAACAUUGUAUUUCAAAUGUUGUUUUUCGAACAUAUCUACUGAAAUUAUACACGGAAUUAGUUGAAUAUUCUCUUAUAAUAGAUUUUUCAAUAAUUCUAUGAAUAUUUUCAGAACUAAAUCAAUGAAAUGUCUAUUAUAAACAUGUAAAUAAAUGUAUAUGUUAUAGGUUAAUAUGGUCAUUAUAACUUUCCUCUUGAUAUAUUUUCUGCCUAUGAAUACCAUGGACGAAAGCCUACUUGAAAUAAUUUUUUAAUUAUAUAUAUAAAAAAUUCAUUUAUUGCGGUCCCUGGUAUUAAUAUGUUCUAUAUUAAGAAAUUAGAACAAUCUGAUAAUACUGAACUUUGUAAUUUUAUUUAUAAACUUGGGUUUAUACAUACAUGUAUAUGUAUAACA